CAUAUAUACCUUUAAAGCCAGCCAUAUAUGCUCACAACCACCUAAGGCAGGAGAAAGAGAGCCAUCAUUCCUGUGAAAAAGAGCAAAAGACCAAAGAGAGAAAUUAAUAUAUAAGAUCAGUGUUAUACGUUGUACGUGGAGGUAGGGGCGGCAGCCAUGGCAGCUCAAAGACAGAUGUUGGAGCAGCAACAAUACUCGCAGGUGCAGCGGUUGAAGAACUCGGGAAUCCUCAGCUGCAAUGGGAGCCCGACAAUGGAGGACAAGGAAGAGGACAUGUCACGGUCGGCGCUUGCUUUGUUCCGCGCAAAGGAAGAGGAAAUUGAGAAGAAGAAGACGGAGGUGAGGGACAAGGUGCAUGCUCAGAUGGGCCGUGUCGAAGAAGAAACUAAGCGCCUCGCUGAUAUUCGGGAAGAGCUGGAGGCUCUCACAGAUCCACUGAGGAAAGAAGUUGCACUCGUUCGCAAGAGGAUAGAUACAGUUAACAAAGAGUUAAAGCCACUGGGGCAAAGCUGCCAAAAGAAGGAGAGAGAGUACAAGGAAGCCCUUGAGUCUCUGAAUGAGAAAAGCAGGGAAAAAGCUCAACUAGUUACCAAAUUAAUGGAGCUGGUGAGUGAAAGUGAGAGACUAAGGAUGAAGAAGCUGGAGGAGCUCUGCAAAAAUGUAGAUACCUUGAAAUAAGAUGAGUUAAUAAUUAUAAUUAAAGAAAACCAGAUGGGUGCUCGCGUGGUGUAAUUAGCUAGAGAUCGAGUAGCUGUUUUUGAAUUUUUCAUAUAUAUUUUGUGAUUUCUUAA